UAGGAGACAGUCAAAAGUAGGCUGCAAUAUUUUCAGCCGAAAAUUGGGGUCAAUAGCAUCAUGUGACACCCUUUCUUUGUUUUCUUCUCUUUGUCUUUAAUUUUUUUUUCCCUUUUUCCUGUGAAACAAAAAACAACACUGCAGUCAUUCUAUUUUUCUUUCUUUACCACCAACUCCACUUUCUUUAUAAAAUAAUUUUCAUAGGGAAGGAGAUUAGCAUUUAGCAGUAUAUAUAUAUAUAUAUAUAUAUAUAUAAUUAUUGGAUAAUGGGAAAUGAUCGCCGGGAGAGAACCAGCUGCAGGUUCGCCGGUUGAAUCAUCGACGAAGGAGGAGUCCAGCCGCACUUCGUCGUUGUGUCACCACCGCCGGAGGAGGUCACGAUAACCAUCUACGACCACGCCGUCGGUCACCGGAAGAACUCAAGGCCGCCGGUUCACCAACAACACUCUCGUCGACCGGUCAGAUCACGGGAAACGAUCGCCGGUGAGAGAGGGAGAAGACCACGCCGCCGGUUGAUCUGGCAGCUGUAUAGUCAUCGCCAUCUGGGCUGUUUCGCCGGCGGGAGAAGGAAGGGAAGAAGGCAAAGGUGCUGGUUGUUGAUCCGCCGAUAAAGAGGUCGCGGAUCGGUCAGGCUUUCGCCGUCGUCCAGUCACCAUCCGAACUUUCGGCGUUCUUCCCAACACACCACCGUUUACCGCUGCUAUGGUCGGUUAAGCUCUCCGCUUCUAAACACACCAUCGACUAUCGUCUACAAUCAUAGCCGCCGAUCCGAAAUAAGGGAUGAACCCAGAAAUGGAAACUAAGCCUUAGAGAUGAAUCUAAUGUUGAAACCACUUGUUGCAUCCACGGCUCCCCUCUGUGUCUGUCUUUGUUCAUUUGUUCCAGAACUCAGAAGAGUAAUUGAAUACAAGAGAAAUUAAGCAAAUUAAGCUCACUCCUGAUUUUCACUCACUCUUGGACUCCUGAAUUUUUUUUUGAACUCGACUCCUGAAUUUCAUCAUCUUCAAAUCUUCAAUCUUUUAUUCUUCUUCAUCAAUAAAUCUGGAAGCAGCCGAAAAAGAGGAGAAAAACUACUUUUCUUCUUCUUUAUUUCGUUCAGCAUUUCAGCAGGGAAGCAAAGAAAUCAUCUUUCUUUUUGCUUCAUUAUCCAUUUUUUGCCAGAGCUCAUUUUUACAAGUUUACCUUGCUCCUGCAGUUACCACCGCCAUUCCUCCGCCCCUGCUAGUAGUAGUAGUGACUGUUUGCAACCACCGCCAUGUUGAUGUAUACUGGCAAGCACCCGAGGAACGUGUACGGACGCAUCCACAUAGCGGAGGAUUGCUGGCAAAAGUUCUGCAAGGAGUCGGCGUUCGCGCUCUACACUCCCUUCAUCGUCUCUUUGGCGUCGGGGAAUCUCAAGGUCGAGUCGUUCAGAAAGUUUGUCGCACAGGACGUUUGUUUGCUCAAGAUAUUCGCUAAUGCGUUUGAGUUAGCAGAAACAAACGCACAGGAUGAUUAUGCAAAGCAUCAGAUUAAUGAGCUCAGGAAGACUGCCAUAAACUUGCAUGAUUCUUUUGUCCAGGAAUGGGGCUCUUAUUUCGUCAAAGAUACUACUCUGAAUCCAGCAACUUCCAAGUGCCAAGAUUUCUUGUUGGCUACAGCGUCAGGAAAAAUUGAUGGGGUCACUGCUCCUAUUGAAAGAACCAAGUUGCCCGCUUAUACCCUAGGUGCUAUUGCAUCUUUCAUGAAGCUUUAUGCCUACAUUGGUAAGGAGCUGAAGGGACUUACUGAUCAUAAUUGCUACAAGAAGUGGAUUGAGAAUUACUCCUCAGACAGAUUUCAGGAUUUGUCUUUCCAAACAGAGUACUUGCUGAACAGGUUAAGUGACUCUUUUACUGCGGAGGAGCUUGACAUCAUUGAAACACUUUAUUCUCAAGGAUUUAAACAUGAGAUAGACUUUUUCUUAGCUCAGCCACUUAUUCAGAAAGCUGUUGUACCCCUCUCAGGAGAGCAUAACCUAGAAGAACGCCAAUUGAUGAUAUUUUCCGAGUUUAAUUUUUCAUUUGCUUCUGUUGAUUCAUAUGUCUUCUUUGCUGAAAUGGCAAUAGCUAAAGAAUCUGAUAAAGUCCGGAAAGAAUAUACAUAUACAUAUCCAUAUGAGCCUACUCUAAAAACAAUUUGUUGGAGAGAAGCCCACAAAAAUUACAUAAAUGCCUAUGUGAAGUGUAUAGAGGACAUAUUAGCCACUGAAAAAGCGGAGAAUUUGAACCAUAAAGGUCUGCGAAAAGCACUUGAGAAAGUUUCAUAUAUUGAGAAAGAAGCAAAUUUAAGUGUGAUUAAAUUUGGUGGGCUGAAAGGUCUUAAACUGAAAGACAUAAUACUAGCUGGGGAGCGUUCGAUUCUCCAUGACGUGUGUUUUGAAUUUUUCCAAACUGUAAAAAAAAAGGAGAGUUUGAAUGCAGAUGUUCAUGUGCUAUCCUAUUGUUGGUGUGGUGACCUCAUUAGAUCUACACUUUCAGCAGGGGGUUUAAAUGGCAUCAAGGUGCAUGCAAAUGAGCUCGAAUUUGAAGAAUCUGUGUGCACUGGUCAAAUUCUGAGGAAGGUGGAGUCCCCCAUUGACAAGGUUGAAGCUUUUGCUAAAAUCCUAGAGAGCUGCGGAAAAGGGAAUGAUAAGAAGGAACUACUGACUGUUUACAUCGGAGAUUCAUUUAAGGACUUGCUCUGUUUGCUUGAAGCAGAUAUAGGCAUUAUGGUAUAUCCAAGCCCAAAUUUGAUAGACUUGGCUGAGCAUUUUGGCAUCAGAUUGAUUCCACUGUUUCAUGGUGUGGUUGAUAAGCAGAAGAAAAGUGUGGAGGGAGCAGAGACUUGGAAAGGGGGUUUGUCCGGCAUUCUUUACACAGCCAUAAGCUGGGUUGAGAUACAUGCAUUUCUGAUUGGCUCUUAGAAUCAUCACUUUCUUUUCAUUGGCUCUUAGAAUCAUCACUUUCUUUUUUUGACUCACAUACAAUCACCAUUUUACUUGGGACAUUCAGAGAAAUGUUCAGACAGUUUGGUGGCCACACUCAUUUGGCUGGAGAUCUUAGCCACAAAUAAUUCUUUUUGAUCGAUCAUUUCUGUUUGAAGAAUAUUGAUGCCUAGCUUUUCUUAAUGUCUCAUCUUGUGCCUAA